AUACAUUUAGCUUUUGAUGGGUGUCUGGCGAACCAUUUAAUAGGUUUAGAAAUGCGCCAGUAACCUGCCCGAACUUCGUUUACUGUGCUGCAUAUUUUGGGGUAUACAAGGUGAGAGUGACAGUUUUCGUCGCUUUAGCAAUUAUGGAUGGGCAAUGGAAUUUCAGGUUCGGGGUAGUUAUCCUGGGUGACUCGGCGGUGGGGAAAUCCUCACUUUUACGGCGCUACACCGAGGGGACAUUUGAAGAAUCAAACCAGUCUCCUCUGGGAAUCGAUUUCAAAGUGCAACAUCUGAGUUUCGACCCUGGCGUCACCAUAAAACUGCUACUGUGGGACACGGCAGGACAGGAGAGAUUCAGGUCAAUCUCUAAGUCCUACAUGCGGAACUCGGUGGGCUGCGUCCUGCUGUUCGACCUGACACAGCGGGAGACCUUCGAGCGGGUGAGGGCCUGGCACCGCGAGGUGGUGGAGUACGUGCAGCCGGCCGCCAUGGUGUUCAAGCUGGUGGGCCACAAGAGCGACCUGGUGGUCCGCAGGCAGGUGAGGAGGACAGAGGCAGAGGCAUUGGCCAAGGAGCUGGACAUGGGCACUUACGUGGAGGUGUCCUCCAAGGACGACGUUAACGUCGCCCUGGCCUUCGAGACUAUCGCCAGGGAGAUCUACGAGAAGUACUCCCAGGGCUUGAUCCCCGUCAUCGACGACUGGCACGGGCUGGCCAUUGGAGCCCCCCUUGAAUCGGAUAAGGCCAAACCUGUGAAAAGCGGUUGUUGUGGGUGACAACCCCCAUCCCCAAUCUAAACUAUAACAUUUUCCACAUUCACAAGCGAUCUUUGAUGGAUAAAAUUUUAUAAAAGUCACUGUCAGUAAUAGUCCCCAUGUCACAGUUGUUGUACAUUCCAUAAGAGCAGUAGUCCAAUCAGACGCAUGGACCAAGCCUUUUAACUGGUUUGGAGAUAGUUUGCAUUUGGUUAGUCAGGAACGAGUGUACGAGUAUGAAGAUGGCUGCUGUCAAGAGAGCAGCAAAUUAGCUGAUAAUGUCCCUCUUCUGUGUACAAUAGCUGCGGUCAAUUCCAUUUCAAUUCAUUCAAUUCAGGAAAUUAGUUGAAAUUCAAUUAAUUAAUUAAUUUUAGAAAUGAUUUUAGAACAUGGAAAAUUUCAAAUUCAUAAAUCGAAUUUCAAUAGAUUUGCUGAACUAAUGAAAUGAAAUGGAAUUUAUUCAAUUGUGCCUCACCGAAACACCCAUGUUGGAUUUCUUAUUUACCUCAUGAGAAGGUCUUACCACUGUUGGUGCUCCAAUCUGAUAUGUUUUACAAUUACCAUGAGGUGUCAUUUAGAGAAAAAGUAAUCUAUGUUAGAAUUAGAACUAAGCAUUCUCUCGUGGCAGUCUAUUCUGUUGUACAAAUGUGUAAUGUUGUUACUGACACAUACGUUCAAGAGAUACAGUUGUAGAGCUGGUAGUUAUUACAGUUAUUCUAAUAAUACACAGUAGUUAUUACAGUAAUUAUAAUAUUACAGAGACAGUUCAAAGGAACUAUCCUUGUGGCCCUUUCCACUGAUUCUGAUUCAGUCUGAUAGAAAGCCACCUGUUGAAUGUAAGCUAUAUCCUGCUGUUUCAGGAUCAUGCAAUGUAACAUCAAGUUAUCUUGCUCCCAAAACAAACAAACAAACACAUACAGAUACAGUGCCUGUGUUAUGUGGGUCACUGGAAACAAAUUUACCAAGACUGACAGUUGGCACUGGAGUUUUACUGUGAAUGACAAGUUCCAUCAUAUAAUAGCUCUGAGAGAAAAUAUAGUUAAUUAAAUCUCAUAACUCUAUGAUGUACCUCACUCUCACUCACACUGUAGCCUCAUAUUGUCGUGUAAUCUAUCAGGCAUUGAUUACAAUCAGGUUGCCCAUUAACUGCAAAGCUGCACAGACACCAACUUCAAUUCCAGCGAUGUAACAUGGAUAAGCCAUUUCCACAAUCUUGAUUUAUUGUCUUAUUUGACUAGAAAUAUAAACAACAACUGGGCCAAUUUCAUUGUAUUAAUACAUGAACUUCCCCCUAGCACCGUUAUAGACAUUCACAUACUGUAAAAUGGUUAUUAUUCUUCUGAAUAAAUCGAUUACGUUUUGUUAGUUAAUUGUUUAUGUUGUGUUAGUCAUGCACAAUUACAUCUCAAAUACAAGAGAGAUAUUCAUUCUACUGAAAUGAAACAUGUACUUGAAACUUUCACCCGUGAUAUUGAUCAGUUGCAUGUUCAGUUUACCUUUGUUAGCUUCUUCACUCCAUGCUUGUCUAGUUGUCAUUAUGUGGUGCUAUAACACCAGUAUGAGCAGCAGGAGAAACAACAGCCUGGAGGGAAUAAGUUAGGAAUAAUUUGGGAAACACUAGUUUAAGUUCAUAAAUGUGUAGCUACUUAACUUUCUGCCUCAUCAGCUCACAACAAGUAUUAUACUCUCUUGAUUUGAGAAAAAAAAAGGAAGACAGUAGAAUGCAUCAUAUUGCAAUUCUUUCAAAGAAUGAAACCCCACACAAACUUAUAACAAAAUGAUUUUAAUAUAUUUUGCUUUCAUAUCAGUCACAACAUUAUAAUGUAUUAAAAUGUAAAGAUACAAAAGAGAAAUAAACUGUUUCUGGGUUGUGUAUA